CAGCCAGCGCCCGCCCGCCACCGAGAAAACACCGCACCACCCGCCGCCCGCCCCGCCCGGCCGACAUUGUCCGGCCCCCCGAUCCGGCCGCGGCCGCUCCCUUUUACCCCUUCCGCGCCUCCGCGCUGACGCCCCCCGCGGCGUCCGCCCCCACCCCCCGAGUCCAACCCCAAAUCCCCAACUCCGAUUCGGCGGGGGCAGCCGCUCUUCGAAUUCCCAAUUUGUUUUCCUCCUGCCCCGGAGGCCGCGGGGAUGAACCGGAUCCCGUCCGUCUCGCUGCGGGGCGGGGCGGACGCGGACGCCGCGGCGGCGGCGGCGCCCCCCGACCCCGCGGCGCUGGCGCGGUGGGCGCGGGCCUUCUGCGUCAUCCGGUUCGACCUGGAGCGCGGGCAGCUGGUGGAGGCAUGCUUCCCGCCCGACGCGCUGGCGCCGGCCGCCGGCGGCCUCGACCGCCUCGUCGCCUUCUCCUCCUUCCCGGACUCGAUGUCCCACCACCUCCCGCGCCACCGCUCCUCCGUCCACGACUCGCUCUUCUCCUUCCGCGUGCCGGACCCCUCCUCCCCGCGCCGCGCCUUCCUCUACGGCUUCGUCUUCAACCGCCAGCGACAAGACGAGCGCCUCCCCCGCGGCGGCGAGCAGAAGUCCGUCGUCAUUCUCUCCCACGCCCCCUACUCGUCGCUCUUCCGCCUGCUGCUGCAGAUCCUCGGCCCGCUCUGCUUCGAUGUCGGCCCCAGCGCGCUGGCCAUGGUAGCUACGCACGUCGCUGCGUGGCCAGCGCCGGCGCCGGGGAAGCCCAUGGAGCUCCCGAUUGGCAGUGCUGCGCUGCGCGUGCACCUCCCACCUGCGGCUGACGACCCUGGUCCGCCACCCGCGCUGCUGCCUGCCAACCCCUCAGUGCCGUACGGGCUCUUUCAUGACGCUGACCUGUUUGUGGCGUUCCGCGGCCUACUCCUCCACCUAUGGACGCUCUGGGAGCUCAUGGUGGUCGGCGAGCCUGUGCUGGUUGUCGCGCCGUCCCCAGCUCAGUGCUCGGAGGCUGUGGCUGGCCUUGUUAGCCUUGUUGCUCCGCUUUUGUAUAGUGUGGACUUCAGGCCGUACUUCACUAUCCAUGAUCCAGAUUUUGCUCGCUUGAAUGCACUUGCGGAAGGUGAGGUCUUCCCGCCAAUGGUGCUUGGAGUGACCAAUUUGUUUUUCUUGAAGAGUCUUAAGAGCAUUCCCAAUGUCGUGGCCGUGGGAAGCCCCAAUCCAAAUUCAACGAGGGUGCUCCCAGUGGGUGGCCAAUCACAAGGGAAUGGAACAAAUGGGACACCCGGGAAGCUCAAGCUUGACAAACUUGCAAUCAAUAAGUUCUCUCCCACUAGCCUAUUGAAUUCCAUCAAAUUGAGAAGAGAAGGGCCUCUUUCUCUCAUGACAGAGCACAAGGAAGCAUUAUGGAGCACGUAUACGCCAACCACGAAGCCUGAUACUUCUGUUCUAAAUAGGCUCAUUGAUGCUGGUGUGUCACCUAGGAUUGAGGAGUCCAUGUCACUAGUUAACAAUGAGUUAUUGCGACGGCAUUUCUUGGAGCUGACGACCAACUUCCUUGCACCUUUUGGGCCAUAUCUGAGAACUACAACACCAUCAGAAGGGACUUCACCUUUUGUUGACCCACCAUUGCUACCACCAUUUCACGCGGAUGAGUUUGUCAAUGGUUUGGCAGCUAGAGGUCCAGGGAAAUUUUUGUCGAAAAGGAUGAGAUCCAAUUGGUUAGAGCUGUAUAGGAGAUUCCUCGAAGGCCCCAAUUUCAUGCCUUGGUUUCGGCAAAGACGUGCUGCUGCAGAGCAAGAACAACAGAGGCUCUGGAGGCAGGCUCGCAUGAACGUUGACAUUGAAAAGCUAAUGUCAAAGAUGUCUGAAUUGGAGAGGAUUGAUUCUUUUAAUGCUGUUGAGCGGUAUCUUCUCAGAGAGAUGGAGAACUCCGGAAGAGGAAGUGCUGAUUCAAUCGCAGCAUGCCAGAAACUGAAGGGAGACCUCCAAGCAGCAUUUAACGUCCUGCCGAAGGACAUGCAACAGCUCUUGCUCUCCAACCCUAAAAGAGCUGUUCUUCUUCAAGGUCGCUUGCCACGGGAUCUUAGACCGACGAGGCAACUGGUCGUUUAACAUCCUCAGUGGCGCUGCUGUAAAUUGUUUUUCCUUCUUGUGUGUGUGUGCGAGGGUGUUGGGUGUGUUUGUGUGUGUGUACUUUUUCCUUGUACUUGUGUUUCUUUCCUUCUUAAUGAAAUGGUAUGUAGCUUUCCUGCCUAUUCGUGAAAAAGAAGCGCUGUCCAAACUACCAAAAAGUUAUGUGCGCAUAUGAGUUAAUUAUUUUUUGUGUUUGCAUAUAA